AUGAAUCCGCUCCAGCCCCGCGCCGCGCUUUGCCGCGUCCACCUGCGCGUCAGAGGCGUCAGGAGCGUCAGGAGCGUCAGGAGCGUCAUGAUGUCACAGCAGCUCCGCGCGCACCGCGCCUCUUCCAGCGGCUCCUCUCCCGGAUCCUGCCCCGGCUCCGGGCUCCUCCUGAGCGGCUCCAGUGGAGACAGCGCGCGGCCCGUGUCUUCAGACAGCCUCAUGACCUCCGCGGAGCUGACGCACGGCGGCGCGCUGCCGCUCGCUCCCCGCGGCCGCGCGCUCUACAAGGCGCUGUGCUUCUGCGCGCUCGCGCUGCAGGGCGCGGUGCUGGACUUUUACCUCAUCGCCUUCACGGACCUGUCCUGGUGCUCGUGGAUCGCCACGGACCUCGUGGUUCUGUCCGGGUGGGCCAUCUUCUUCAUCAAGAACGCGCGUAAUAAGCGCGAGCGCGCGUGCGGCUUCCAUCAGAAGAGCUGCGCGCGCGGCGCGGGUCUGGGGGAGUUCACGUACGCGUACCUGGCCUGGCUCAUCUACGUGAUCGCGUGCACCCCGAAGAUGGUGCUGGUGGUGGAGACGUCCAUCCUGGAGCUGCUGACGCUGAAGGUCCCGUGCGGAGUCACGGGCUUUAAGUGCGCGGUGCUGCUGUGCGCGCCGCUGCUCUUCUGCCUCAUCUGCGCCGUCACGGAGGACGGGACCGGGGCCACGCGGCACCGCGCGCACGCCAGCUUCCUGAGCACGUGCCUGGACCUCCUGGACAGUUUCACUCUGGUGGAGCUUCUGCUGCGGAACGAGCUGCACGCGCCGCCGCUGCGCUACGCGGUGCUGUGCGCGUUCUUCCUCGCGCUGUUCGCGCCCGUCAUCUGGCUGCACGAGCUCACCGUGCACGAACUCACGUGCCACUCGCUGUGCGCGCGCUUCUUCACCGGACUCCUCGUGAACGCGCCUCUGCUCGCGGUGCGCUGCUUCCAGGUGUACGCGCACGGCGCGCCCGUGUCCGUGUUUCUGUUCAAGAACGUGUUCAUGCUCGCGUGCCGCGCGCUGGAGCUCGUGGAGCAGUGUGUGAGCGCACGCGGGGCGCGCGCACUCGCGGCAUCAAACCCCGGACACUUUUCACACGGAGUCUCCGAGAACGACAUGUGUCCGCACGGAUACGUCAACACGCUCGCGGUCAACCAGCUGUGA